GAAGUAAACGCGGCCCAAAAUAAUAUCAAACCCCCACCAACGCUACUCUUUCACCCUUUCUCUGUUCCCGAUCCCCGAGAUGGCGGCGAAGGCGGAGGAAAUCCUGCCACCCCUCGCCGCCGUCGCAGGCGGCGCCUCCGAGGGGCCCCCUCUGGAGGAGGCUGAGAAUAGAGAAGGAGCUCGGCUGGCGAAGAGGCGGCGGACUUUCUCGGCGACUCUGGAGACGCUGUCUUCUCCGGCCGCGGAGGGCGAGGAAUUAGGGGAAUCGGAGCGAGGGGGGUUCUCGUUCUCCUUCGACGCGAGGAGCGUGGCGCCGAUCGAGACGACCCCCAAGUUCGGGUCUUUCCGCCGCUUGGCUUCGGAUCUGGGGUCGGGGGAGUCUUCUCUGAAGGCGAAGAGGCGGCGAACGUCCCCGCCGGCUCUGGAGACGCGGUCCUCCCCGGCAGCUGCGGAGGAGGACGACGACGACGAGGAGGAGGAGGAGGAAUCAGGCGGGUCGGCGCUAGGGGGGUUCUCGUUCUCCUUCGACGCGAGGAGCGUGGGAACGGCCGAGGCGAACCCCAAGUUCGGAUCUUUCCGGUGCGCGGCGGCGGAUCUGGGGUCGGGAAAGGCGGAGGAGGUGGAGGAGGGUGGAGCGGAUGGCGGCGGCGGUAAGGGCAAAAUCGGAAUUUCAGAUUUUUCUUGAUUCAGGCUUCUUAGCCCCUUUUCUGUGUUUUUUUUUUUAAUUUCUCGUAGUUGUAAGCUUAAGUAAGAAAAUAAGAGUGAUCAAUGGUGACCACUUGUGAAUUAACUGCCGGAAUUUUCUUUUUUUUGCCUGUUUGUUUCUUUUUGGAUCGACCAUUGUCCAUGACGGCGGGUUCAAGCAUUCGAGAAAAUCUAAUUAGAUUCUGGUGGCCUGGGAAGCAUACUCCGACAAAUACUGCCAUGGACUUGGUCGUCGGUGGGCAUAUCUUAGCUAGCUUGGGGUUGUAUCUUUCGCGGGAAAGAAAGAUUCACCUCCCUUAUCUCGUUUGGAGUGCUUUGAGAUCUGUUUAAGGUGCGAUCCAAGGGACGAUGUCGCGAAAGAAAAUCCAUCGCUUUCGCGCCAAAUACACAACCCGAGCUGGGUAUUUUAUACGUUGAUCUACGCGGUUUGCGUUGUACGUGCUCGCUUGGACUUCCCAUGGUUUCCUUGUGGUUUCUCUGAUUCUUCCGGAUGUUUACAUGAUUAUUCUCUGUGUAUUGCUUUCUUUCGCCAUACAGUAACAUGCAACCUUGUAUAUAAAAUUUUUUACAGAUUGGUCGCCCCUACAUCAUGUGGGGCUAAAUGCUA